UGUUUCGGUAGAAGUUAUUUUUUAAUUUGAUUAAUUUGAAAUUCUGUUCAUUGUGUCACUUUAAUUCUUGACAAUCGAUUGAUUAACAGUAAUUUAAAGAUCACGUUUGGCGCCUCCAAAGUUAAAUCUCUCAACUCCAUCUAUGUGAUUAGACUGAAAAAGUGAAUAUCUGAUUGUAUUGUAUCUGUUUGUUAUUCUCAAAGAAAGUUUAAUUGUCUCAAUUAAGUAGACAUAUUGAUCAUUAUCGUUUAUAUUAAGAGUGUUUACUUUGAUAAAUUAAUUGUUUUGUUUUCAACUGUCUCUAAUUAGUACUGAGAUAUUCAAUCAAAUCGAUUUGCUAUUCAACAUUUUCCAUUUGUGUUCCAAUCUCUCUAAAUAGUUUUCUAUUUAUAUUUUCAAUUUUUCUCUCCUUAAUUCUUAUUAAUACACUUGUGAUUUAAUCACAAUUAAUCAGAAAAAUGAGCCAACGAGAACACUGGCGAGGUAUUAUGGAAUGGAGUUUUGAAGGAUUACCAUUAUCAUCUCCAUGUAAUCAGGCCUGUAAGAUGUAUGAUGCUGCUUUAACUCAGGUUGUCGGUUUUUAUGACGAUCCAUUACUUGGUGGCUUGGAUGGAACCUUCAAAUCAAUGUUUGCAUCUGAUCCUGAUUUUGUAUUGGGUCGUUGCCUUGAGAUCAACAUGAUGCUAGUCUCCGCUUUAAAUUCACCUUUGGCCAAUCCUCAGUUAGCUGAUUCUAUUGCCACAUUGAUUAAAUUGUCCAAUGAAAGUAAAAAUUUACUUGAUCGAGAAAAAUCUCACAUUGAGGCCACUUUACGAUUCACUAGAGGCGAUCUUUCCGGAGCCACGCAAAUGUGGGAGAAAAUAUUAUUAACCUAUCCAACCGAUCUUCUUGCUCUGAAAACCGCUUACGAUGUUUACCUGGAGAGAGGUAAACCCAGACAAUUACGCGAUUCUGUUGCUCGAGUGCUCCCUUUUUGGCAAUCAUCUGACAUUCCUUUAAAGGGUUAUCUGCAUGGACUCCUCGCCUUUGGACUUUGCGAGACAAACUUUUUCGAUAAAGCUGAAGCACAAGCUCGUCGAGCUUUGGAAUGGAAUCCAUCUGAUGGUUGGGCUACUCAUUCGUUGGCUCAUGUUUUUGAAAUGACCGUUCGUGUUGAUGAAGGUAUCAAAUUCUUGGAGGAAACUGAAGACAAAUGGAAGAUAUGUAAUACCCUCACUCGACACAACUAUUGGCAUAAAGCUUUAUUCCACUUGGAAGAUAAUAAUCCCGAUGAAUCGAUCCGUAUAUUGGACAAUAUUUUAGUUCCUCAGUUAAAAGAGAAACCUCAUGGCUUGGACUUGGUUGAUACAGUUUCCUUAUUAUCUCGAUUGGGUAUCGUUGGACCUGAAGAAAAGUCUUAUAAACAACAAUGGGAAUCAACUUAUCAGGCCGUUUAUCCGUACGUUGGAUCUCGAGUCAGCUCUUUCCAAGAUGCUCAUUAUCUUCUUGCCUGUUGUGCCAGUGGUAACGAAUCUGUGGCCGAAUCAAUUGUGGCCUCACUUACAGAACAAGAUCAUCUCUUUGUUAUUGACAAGAAAAUGGUUAAAUCAUUAUUUGAAGCUUUAAUUGCCUACAGUCGAGGUAAAUAUGGUGAAGCUGUUGAACUCUUAUUACCAAUUAAAUAUCAGUUAAUUGCUCUUGGUGGAAGUGAAGCUCAGCGAGAUCUAUUCCAUCAGAUUCUAAUUAUCGCUACAAUUAAAUCAAAAUCAGAGGAACAUCGGAAACUGGCAGAACAUUUAUUAAUCGAACGAGAAAAUCUAAGGCCAAACAGUAAACUAACCGCUGGUUUAUUGCAACAAUUAAACAAAUCAUCUGAAAGUAAAGACAACAUGUGAUAUGGUAGACAAAAACACUAAUAAUCUUCCUUCAAACUCUCGUAUAUUAUAUCAACAAACUUUAAUUGUUUCAACUCAAUGCAUCUUAAUGAUCACUUUAGCAGCUUCUUACAAUCAAAUUUAUCUCUAAAAUUAUAAUCACAAUUAGAUCACCAGAGAUAAUCUCACAUGUUUACCUCAUCUUUUAUGAGAUAAUCAACUGAAAAAAUCUUCCAAUCUAUUUCCUCAUCUCUCCAAUUCUCAUAUCAGAAUAAUGAACACACAGGAAAGAGAAAGGAUAACCAACAAUUAACUAAUUAUCUUAGUUAAUCAAAAUUUACGAUACCAAGUGAACUAUUAUCAUGCAAUAAAUCAACUUUAUUGCAUUGAGAAAAUUUAUCAACAACCAAAAUCAAUGUGAUUAAAUAGUCCACACAAUCAAUGAUUAAUUAAUUAAUCGAACUAUAAAUCAAUUAAUUGUAACCUGAACACCUAAUAUUUUGUAUCACACUAAAUGAUUCAAAUGAAAGCAAAACAAACAAAAUUA